UUUGUACAAAUUUCAAUGUAAAGAUUUUCAUUUGUGACCAUGAGCUUAUCGAUUUAUCAUGAUUAAUUGAGAAAGAAGUAAUUAUUUCUCAUUCGACUAUACCCCCUCUUAAAAGUUGACUCACCGAUUGUCUAUUAUCGCCCAAAUUUAAAAUGUUUCCACAAGAUAUGCAAUUGCCGGGGGAAGAUUGGAUCUUCUCCUGGUAUGUGAUCUUCUUUGCGAUGUUUUGUGGGGGUGUUAUAGCGUUCAAGCAAUAUAUGAAAGGUGCCCCAUGUCAGAGCACAGAGAGAGUCAAAGGGAAAACAAUAAUCAUCACAGGAGCUAAUUCUGGAAUGGGAAAGGAAACAGCUAAAGAAUUGCUCAAACGGGGUGCACGGGUGAUCUUAGCUUGUAGAGAUGUAGAAAAGGGGGAAGAAGCAGUGAAUGAUAUCAAGGAGCAACUACGUAAAAAAGAACUAAAUGCUGUUGUUAUGAAGCUUGAUCUCUCUUCAUUUAUAUCAGUUAGAGAAUUUGCAAAGGAGUUCCUAAAAAAUGAGUCCAAGUUAGAUGUUCUAAUUAACAACGCUGGUGUGAUCCUUCUACCGGAAAGGAUCUUAAGCAAAGAUGGCUUUGAGAUGCAACUGGCGUCUAACUAUCUUGGUCAUUUUCUGCUGACACACUUACUAUUGGACAGACUGGAAUCAUCAGCACCAAGUCGCAUAAUCAAUAUGUCCGCUGUAGCGUACCAAUUGGCUGAUGAUAUUGACUUGGAGGAUAUGAACUAUGAAAACAAGGAGUACAACAGAAGUAACGCCUAUGCCCAGAGUAAACUCGCUGUCUUGUUGUUCACGAGGGAAAUGAGUCGAAUCUUAGAAGGUACGAAGGUGACUGUGAAUGCUGUCCACCCAGGUGUGGUCAACUCUCCUGGAUUGCGUCAUAUGCCCUUCAAAUCCUCACCAUUCCUGAGCCUGUCAUUCACUUUACCCAUAUGGUACUUCACUAAGAGCUCUAAAGAUGGCGCUCAGACCACAAUCUAUUUAGCUGUGGCGUCAGAUGUGGAGACUGUUUCUGGAAAGUUCUUUGUUGAAUGUGCUGAGAAAGAAGUAACUGAGAAUGCUUGCAACGAUGACUUGGCCAAGAAGCUCUAUGGUAAAUCCCUGGAAUGGACAGGACUGAAUAAGAAGACAAAAUAAACACAAUCAUAUGAAACCAGACAUGACUCAGUCCUAUGAAACAGAGAGAGGAUCAAAAGUCCAGGCAACAAGAAGAAUGAAUUAAAACCAGGCAAAAAUUACCUCCUACAAUCCAGUCCCUUAUAAAGGGAGUUUGAAACCAGACAUGACUCAGUCCUAUGAAACAGAGAGAGGAUCAAAAGUCCAGGCA